UAGUAGGCAUGCUUCUUUUAAUGCUUGUUAGCAUAUAAAAAGGGACCAAAAGAGGCAGUAUUAGCAUGCAGUUUCUGAAAAUGAAAUCAAAGGGUGGUUUUGCGGUGGUGGUGUUGGUUUUUGUAUGUGCAUUUGUUCUUAUUGCAUCGGCUGAAAGUUAUGAAAAUGAUGAGAAAAGAAGGGAUUCGGCUGGAAAAACGCAAGUAGGUGGAGGUAAGGAUGGUUGGUUUGGGUAUGGAAGUGGAGGAAAUGGUGGUGGGUCGGGAGGUGGAGGUAAGGAUGGUUGGUUUGGGUAUGGAAGUGGAGGAAAUGGUGGUGGGUCGGGAGGUGGAGGUAAGGAUGGUUGGUUUGGGUAUGGAAGUGGAGGAAAUGGUGGUGGGUUGGGUGGUGGUUGUAUUGGAGGAUGGUGUGGUCAUGGAGGCGGAGGUAAGGGAGGAUGGUCAGGUGGUGGGGGGUGGAUUGCUGGUGACCAUGAAGGCGACAAGGGAGAAUGGAGUGGUGGUGGUGAUCAUGGAGGUGGUAAGGGAGGAGGGAGUGGCGGCAAAGGUGGUGGCCAAGGAGGAGGUGAUAAAGGAGGAUGGAGUGGUGGAGGCGGAGGUGGAGGUGGUGGAGGUCAUGGCGGCGACAAGGGAGGAUGGAGUGGUGGUGGUGACCAUGGAGGUGGUAAGGGAGGAGGGAGUGGCGGCAAAGGUGGUGGUCAUGGAGGGGACAAGGGAGGAUGGAGUGGUGGUGGUGAUCAUGGAGGUGGUAAGGGAGGGGGGAGUGGCGGCAAAGGUGGUGGUCACGGAGGGGACAAGGGAGGAUGGAGUGGUGGAGGUGAUCAUGGAGGUGGUAAGGGAGGAGGGAGUGGCGGCAAAGGUGGUGGUCAUGGAGGGGACAAGGGAGGAUGGAGUGGUGGAGGCGGAGGUGGAGGUGGUGGAGGUGACAAGGGAGGUUGGAGUGGUGGAGGCGGAGGCGGAGGUGGAGGUCAAGGAGGUGGCAAGGGAGGAUGGAGCGGCGGCGGCGGUCAAGGAGGAGGUAGCAAGGGAGGAUGGAGUGGUGGCGGUGGUGGUCAAGGAGGAGGUGGCAAGGGAGGUUGGAGCGGCGGCGGUGGUGGUCAAGGAGGAGGUGGCAAGGGAGGAUGGAGCGGCGGUGGUGGUGGCCAUGGAGGGGGUGACAAGGGUGGGGGCAGUGGUGGUGGCCAUGGAGGAGGUGACAAGGGAGGAUGGAGCGGUGGCGGUGGCGGUGGUGGUGGAGGCAAGGGAGGUCCGGGAGGUAACUGA